AUGCUGCUGCUUAAAUUCCCAACACACUCAGGAGUCGGUCAGGUUCGGGGGGACCAAUUGAGCGCACGGGUAUGCUACAUGUCAUCCACAACAGAAUCAGCAAUCCAGGCGUCAAGGCAAAGGCCGCCUGAAGCACUGGCCGUUACCCGCCCAAGCAUGCCGAAUGGCAAAGGAGGGACUAAACGCCCCGAUGACCCCCGGAACGACAACGUCACGCUGCAAGCUCAACCUGCCGAAGAGCUCGAGACGAUCUCCAUCUCCAACACACAAGAUCGGCAGGUCCGAAUCGGCACUUCCCUCAGUCCGUCUCUCCGAACCGACUUCAUUACCUUUCUAAGGGCUAAUUCGGAAGUUUUCGCCUGA